AUGGGACGCGGUCCUGCGCCCUACUGCAAGGACAGGUCCUUCGUCUUCCUCGGGCUCCUGCAUUACCACGACGAGCAAAAGUACUAUUUGCUCGACGACCCAAGCAUCUCGUUCCCCACCGACAACUAUUUACACGGACUGGAGUGUCACAUCGGUAUCUGUAUAUUUCGUUUCCCGUUUAAGAAACUCCUUCAGAACGAACGCGAUGUGGUAACAUUGCCGAAGGCCAUAGUGAAGUGUGGUCUGAUCAUGUACAAGCUGCCUCCACUGACCGCCACCUCGUGUGUCAUCACAUCGGGAUCUUUCAUACUAGACUUCAAUAUCCAAGGCUUGCGGUAUCGCCACUACGACUAUUUAUUGACAGUACCAAACGGCUACACGUACUACACUAAGGAACCAAACUCUCCGCUUAUUUGCGACCACCACGUCUGCGAAUGGAACUACACAAAUCAUUAUGGCGGUCCAUUUCUAAUACCCGGCGAUCCUGGAACUGGAAUCGAUCCGGUCCCCCCGUACAUCGAGCCCACGCCCAAACCAGAUGAGCCAGUGGAAGACGACAACAUAACUGUGCCUUAUAUUCUGGACGGUUGUUUAUUCAUGUACCCCCCAAACUACGGUUCGAUAGCAGGCAAGAGCUAUUUAGAUCCGGUAGAUUUACACGACGACAGGUUUACGUGUAACGCCGGUGGGAAUAAAGGUCUUUAUUGGUAUCCACAAUGGAUGGGCGCCAUUCCCCAUCAGCCGUACUCCUCGAUAGAUGACAAGGAUACGUUCUCCCAUCCCGGCGCCUACUAUCCCCACCAGAAAGGAUACGACAUGGACGACGAUGUAGAUUAAAAUCGAA